ACAACUGAACCUUAAAAAAGUUCUUGUUAAUGGGGGAUAUUUGGAAUAUAAGGUAGAUACCCAACAUCUUAAAGAAAAUGGGGGUCAGAAGAUUUGCGUUCUAGCACUGGAUGAAGCUGGAAGAGUGUUUUGCUGGAAGUCAUCGAACAACUCCAUGAAGCAGUGUCGUUGGGUGUAUGGCCGGCAAGUCUUCAUGUCUGAUGUUGCUUUGAAUAGGAAUGAAAUAAUGUUUGUCACACAGGAUGGUGAAGCCUUUACAGGGAAGUGGCUGGAGGAAGGGAAAAAAGCCUCAGAGAAGAAAGCAGAAGUUGUAUCGAGCCUUCAGAAUUCUUCAUGUGACGCAUCUUGUGAAUAUGAUACAAACAGCGUGUAUGAAAGAAUUAGACUUCAGAAGCUUACUUUUGCCCACCGAGCUGUUAGCAUUGCCACCGAUCCUAAUGGCUGUAAUUUUGCUGUUUUACAGUCAGAUCCUAAAACAAGUCUCUAUGAAAUUCCAAGUGUGUCAUUAUCAAGUUUUGGAGAGGAUUUUGGCAAACUGUUAGAUGAAACAGAUGAAAUGGACAGCAUCCAUGAUGUGACUUUUCAGAUUGGCACAAGAACUUACCCCGUGCACAAAUACAUCUUGGCUGUGCGCUCUGACUUCUUCAAGAAGCUGUUUGUUUCCAGUGACAACAAGCUAGAGACUCCAGACGUCUACCGUAAAGAUGAAGAUACUGUUGGGUGUGAUCUUUAUGUAAUAGAGAAAGUUCAUCCAGAUCUGUUUGCAUACCUUCUGCAGUUCAUGUACACUGAUACUUGUGAUCUUUUGACUCAUGGUUAUAAACCAAAAAUCCUGCAUAAAGGAAAAUCGGAAGAAUAUCAAGAUACUUUAAUUUCUAACCUGAGCAAAAUGAGUUUCGAUGAAAAUGUUAAUGGAAAGUCUGCAUUUGAGAUUUAUAGAAAUAAUCAAGUGCAAGUUAUAAAUGAAAAACAGAAGAGCAAAUCUAAAAAAAGCAAAGUUGUUGGUGAAGAAGCUAACCUCAUAAAAAUGUUGCAAAGUGCUGCAAAGAAGUUUGGACUCAGCAAUUUAAGUGGAAGGUUGGAUGGAGUCAGGUUAGAAAAUGGAAAAAUUAAUGUUAUCAACAAGAAGAAUGGGAACAAACCAAAGUUAAAUCAGAAGAAAUGUUCGUACCUCUGUGAUGUGACUCUGAAAUCUUCAGAUGGAAAGGAAUUCCCGUGUCAUAAGUGUGUACUUUGUGCAAGACUUGAUUAUUUUCACAGCAUGUUAAGCAGCUCGUGGAUUGAGGCUUCCUGUUGUUCAGCUCUGGAAAUGCCAAUCCAUUCUGACAUACUACAGAUAAUUGUAGAUUACCUGUAUACAGAUGAAGCUCUUGCGAUAAAAGAUUCUCAAAAUGUGGAAUUCAUAUGCAAUGUUCUUGUGGUAGCAGACCAACUUCUUAUAUCCAGACUCAAAGAAAUCUGUGAAGUAGCCAUUGUAGAAAAACUUACUUUAAGGAAUGCUGCCGAGCUGCUGGAGUUCUCAGCAAUGUAUAAUGCUGAACAGUUAAAACUGUCCUGCUUGCAGUUCAUAGGGCUCAACAUGGCAGCUUUGCUUGAAGCAAGGACUCUGGAUGUCUUAAGUGAUGAAGUUGUAAAGGAUCUUUCUGUUUAUUACAGGAAAAUGAUUCCAGCUAUGGUCAGGAGAGUAAUUACUCCAUAUCCAGAUGGACCUGACAUAAGUUCUUUUGAGCCUGAAGAUGGAGAGAACUUUGUCUUUUUAAGGGAAGAAAUGAAUGCAGAACAAAAUUCUCAGGAAGCCCUUUUCAAAAGAGCAAAAACUAAGGCAAAAAAGAAGCCACGAAAACGAUCUGACAGCUCUGGAGGAUAUAAUCUAUCAGAUAUUAUUCAGAGUCCAGCCUCCACAGGCUCAAUAAAACUGGAUAAAACUAACUCUGUAGAAUCACUUCCAGAACUCUUAACGUCUGACUCUGAAGGUAGUUAUGCAGGAGUGGGUAGUCCCAGAGACUUGCAGUCCCCUGACUUCACAAAAGGAUUUCAUCCAGAGAGGACUGAGAUGAAGGACAAAGCAUGCAGUCAGGUUAUGAAACCUUCUCAACCUCAUAAAGAGAUUAAGUCAUACAAGGGGUCAUCAACAUUGACACAGUCUGUUCCACAGUCCAUUCCCAAUGCCAAAAACAACUCUGCAAGCUCUCCCAAUUGGCUAGCAACCAGUUUCAGCCCUGCCAGCCCUCCUGCUAUGGAUCUUAGAACCAUCAUGGAAAUUGAAGAAAGUAUGCAGAAAUGUGGAACCAUGCCAAAGGCAAACUCGGGCAGAAUGAUGUCUCAUGGAAUCAAGCUUUCUCAGAAGCAAAGGAAAAUGAUUGCCCUGGCAGCAAAAGAUAAUGGAUCAGUAACUAGCAGCACAGAGUCUACUAUGCUAAUAACCACACCACCCCCACCUACAAAAGUUGCAAAACUAGGGAAUGCAUGGUCAUCUUCAUUACAUUCUGCUUUGCCAAAGUCAUUCCGUGAUCUUGUAAUGGAAGAAGAAAAAUGUAUGAGUGCAAAUACUUCACCUGGUACUGGUAUCAAAAGAGCUGGAUAUAAAGGAACUGAGGAUUCAUCAGUCCAAAACACCAUAAGGUGCACCACUAGAAGUAGUCCAAGUCUGGAAGACCAUGUUCUGGAUUCUCCACAACUUGAGAGUCAGAAUCCUUGGUUAUCAGCAUCACCAAUUAGCUCUCCUGUGAUGGCACCUGUCAUGUUUUCAGCUAUUGUAGAGGAAGAGCUCCAGCAAGAAGCUGCUCUUAUAAGAAGCAGAGAAAAACCUUUGGCUUUGAUCCAGAUCGAGGAGUGUGCUAUUCAAGAUUUAUUAAUCCACUAUGAAGCUUUUGACAACCCUGAUGAAUUUGUGACUGUUGAAAGGGCUCCUCAGGGACCUAUAGCAGCACCUAUGUGGAACAAGCACUAAUUUAUACUGUUCACAGUCCAUGUUGUUUGUGCACUUUUGAAGUUCUAAUUCUUGUUAGAGGUAGAAUGGGACUGGAAGAACAGGAAUAAUGUAAUUUUUAACAUCAGCAUUAAAACACUGCACAUAAUCACUAGGUAUUUGUUAGAGAGAAUGGGAUUAAUUUGUU